CUCACCAACCAAGGUGGGCGGGGCACCGUAGUCUAACCAACCCAGAGUGGUCUGGUCAUCUGAAGAUGUCUGACAAUGCAGAGUCUCCAACAGAAACGCAAAAAGAGGAGCCCCAACCACCGUCAGACGACUCGGCGAUAAGUGAAGAAAAGAAAAAAAUUGACGUGCUGUUGAAGGCAGUGGGAGACACUCCAAUAAUGAAAACAAGGAAGUGGGCAAUGGAAAGGGGGAGAACAGUGCACUCUCUUGCUCAGUUCAUUUCUCGCUUCCUCAAAUUUGAUGCCAAUGAACAACUGUUCAUCUAUGUUAACCAGUCUUUUGCCCCCUCACCGGAUCAAGAAGUAGGGAUCCUUUUUGAUUGUUUCGGCAGCGAUGGCAAACUGGUUCUGCAUUAUUGUAAAUCUCAAGCCUGGGGUUAACUGCUGCCUGCAUCUCAAGUUUCCAUCCGCUCCUCCUUAAAUUCGUCCUCACAAACAUGGACACGAUGUUGUUUUCCACAAUUUAUUGUCUUUCAGUUUUUCUGUACAUACACUGUAAAUAAAUUAUUAUGAUGA